AUGUCUAGCCAACCCCUUCUCCAAACUGCGCCUGGAAAACGCAUCGCGCUCCCCACCCGCGUAGAACCCAAAGUAUUCUUUGCGAACGAGCGCACUUUUCUCUCCUGGCUAAACUUCACCGUCAUCCUCGGCGCUCUCGCCGUCGGCAUGCUCAACUUUGGCGAUCGUCCUGCCUUCAUCUCCGCAUCGAUUUUCACCGUUAUCUCCAUGUUGACCAUGGCAUACGCAUUAUAUACGUAUCACUGGCGCGCGAAGAGUAUUAGGUUGAGGGGACAGGGAGGAUUUGAUGAUCGGGGAGUAAGAGGGAUGUUAUGGGGUUGGAAUUUGAAGGGGGUGAAUCAUGGAGAUGAUGGAGGAAGAGGUGGGUGGAAAGGAGAGGGAUGA